GGUGCGUUCAGGGGCCUUUCAGGAAUCACUGCAGCGCUCUGCUCCGAACCAGCAGCGCACGAGCUCGACUCCGAGUUUCAGAAGCUGGGAGCACUUUAACUUUCAGAUCAUUCCCUACAGAUGUUUUCUGUCUGAGCUGAUCCAACUCUGGAAGUGUGCUUUUUUUAUUCCACGUGAGCGCGUCUUCUCUGACUGUAUGAACUGUCAGCGGACUCUCGGAGCUCCGUGACGAGUUUUUGAGCACUGAGACGCGUCCUGACCCGGGGCUGCAGACCCCCCCACCCCCCAUCUCAUGGAUUUCGUGGGCGAGUUUGACUUGAUGAAGUUCGGCGUAAAGAAGGAGACGAUGCCGGGCUUGGAUCGCUCCUUCAUCAGCGCGCUCCAGAGACCGGACUCUGUGUCCUCCACCCCGGGCAGCACCCCCUGCAACUCGGUCCCGUCGUCGCCGAACGUCGUCCCGAACGAGCAGAGGAACAACCCGGGCAGCGACCAGUUCUGGAUACCCAACAACGGCGGGUACCCCCAUCAAAUGUACCCUCAAGCUUUCGGCCUGACCCCGGAGGACGCCAUGGAGGCCCUGAUCGGCGCCACGACGACGCAGCAGGGUCACCCGUCUGCGCCCCACGGACACCACCCGCAGGCGUUCCAGGCGGACUACGACGGCUACUUGGAGCCCGUCCAGCACUACCCGGGACUCUCGGGUCACCCCGACAUGCAGGGCAUUCCCACAAACCACUGCCAAGACCCGUAUCUUAAAGACGAACUGGGCAGCCCGUGCCCCCAGUCCCCGGAGGAGCAGCAGGUCCUCGGGCCCCACCAGUUCCAGCAGCCGCACGGCCGCCACGAGCGGCGCGCGGGCGCCGACGCGCUGUUCUCGGACGAGCAGCUGGUGAACAUGUCGGUGCGCGAGCUGAACCGGCUGCUCCGGGGCCUCAGCAAGGACGAGGUGAUGCGCCUGAAGCAGAAGCGCCGGACCCUGAAAAACCGAGGCUACGCGCAGUCGUGCCGCUACAAGCGCGUGCAGCAGAAGCACAUUCUGGAGCACGAGAAGACGAGCCUGGUGACACAGGUGGAGCAGCUGAAGCACGAGCUCGGCAGGCUCAUCCGGGAGAGGGACGCGUACAAACUCAAAUGUGAGAAACUGUCCGGCGCCAGCUGCUACCACGAAACCGGGUCCACGAGCGACACCCCGUCCUCCCCCGAGUACUCCAUGUGAGCCCUGAUGUGAAGCAGCAGACAGACUGAAGCACUCAGUGAAGCAUGCAUGCUGGACAUGUGUGAGAAGUUUUAUUUUCUACCGCCCGCAGAUAUCUGUAUUUUGUCUGAAAGAGAUACUUGAAAUCAGAGAAUAUUUGCUGCAUGCAUGUAAUCCCUUUACUUCCGGAUCAAUCUUCUUUUCUUGGAUAAUCUGACUUUAGUUUCUCUUGCUCGGUUUUUAGUGUUUUGUGUUCAAGAAAACAAAUGAUGCGUUUUGCAGAGCUGCUUCUGCUGGACAGACACGGUUUGCUUUUUAAAUUUAACUCAGGAUUGU